UCGGGGCUCGGCCCCGCCCGGCUCGCCGGAACCCUGCUGAGGGCCCCGGGCGUGCGGCAGAGUCGACCGCAGGACCCCCGGAGGCUGACAGCGAGGCAUGGCGACUCGGGCCCGCGGCUUCUCGCUGCUCCGGGGCCGCCUGGGCCGAGGGCCCGCGCGGGCCCCGGGCGUAGCGGAGCGCGCGUGGCGGGGCUUCGGGAGCAGCGGCCGAAGACAUGAAGCCAUUAUCAUCUCAGGAACUGAAAUGGCCAAACAGAUCCAGAAAGAAAUACAGCAAGGUGUGGAAUCAUGGAUUGCUCUUGGGAACAGGAGGCCUCAUCUAAGUAUCAUUUUAGUGGGAGAUAACCCAGCAAGCCACACCUAUGUCAGGAAUAAGAUAAAAGCUGCUUCCGCUGUAGGCAUCUGCAGCGAGCUCAUCGUGAAGCCCAAGAAUGUUUCCCAGGAGGAGCUUUUGGAUAUCACUGAUCAACUGAACAUGGACGGCAGAGUCAGCGGCAUAUUAGUUCAGCUACCACUUCCGGACCAUGUGGAUGAGAGAAUUAUAUGUAAUGGGAUUGCUCCAGAAAAAGAUGUUGACGGAUUUCACAUUAUCAAUAUCGGAAGACUGUGCCUUGACCAGCAUUCAAUGAUCCCUGCUACUGCCAGUGCCGUUUGGGAAAUCAUCAAAAGAGCAGGAAUUGAAACAUUUGGGAAAAACGUGGUCGUGGCAGGACGAUCCAAGAAUGUGGGCAUGCCGAUCGCCAUGCUGCUGCACACGGAUGGAGAGCACGAGCGUCCUGGAGGUGAUGCAACAGUGACGAUAGCGCACAGAUACACCCCCAGAGAACAGCUGAAGGCCCAUACUCAGCUAGCAGAUAUCAUCAUAGUGGCUGCAGGUAUUCCCAGGUUGAUUACGGCUGACAUGGUCAGAGAAGGUGCAGCAGUAAUUGAUGUGGGUAUCAACUAUGUACAAGAUCCUGUGAUGGGAAAGACCAAGUUAGUUGGAGAUGUGGACUUUGAAGCUGUUAAGAAGAAAGCCAGCUUCAUCACUCCAGUCCCAGGAGGUGUGGGACCCAUGACUGUGGCCAUGCUUCUGAAGAACACACUUCAGGCUGCGAAGAAUAUCACCUACUAGAUCACAGGGGCAGUGCACACAACGAAUACUGCUGCUUAGUUAUUUGUCAACAGGCGAAAUCCCUUCUAUUUUACUACAAAGCUAUUUAUUUCUACAUGUAUUUAUUUUUUCAUGACUGGAAUCAUUUUGGAACUGAUUAUUUACAUGACUUUAUGGAUUUCUUGCUAAUAAAUUUGAGUCUUAAGAAAAAAAAUCAAAACAAUUCCAAUGACACUUGUGGUAACAGUUCUUUAUUUUAUGGAUACUUGUUCAUAAUGUUACAACAAAUGAAGAGUUCAUAUUUAAUAAAUAUAUUUUUGACAUAACCUAAGUAUUACACACUGUAUGCUUUCAAAAACUGUUUUACCAGCUAAACAUGUGCUGUGUGAACCGCAACUUGAGGUUUGUUAUAACCAUGAUUUUCUGUACAGUCUACACUCUAGGUUGUCUGUGGAGAAGAGCAUUCUACAAGGCCAUCCUGCAUGAGACUUGUGAAGUCAAAGCUAGUCCAGAAAGCAAAGGCUGCAACAACACUUGAAACACUAAGACUGAUCACUGUGUGAGUGAAUCUGUCAUUAAAUACCCUUAAGUGAUAUGUUUGUUCACGGGAGCAGGAAUCUGACAGAAUUGUAAUUCAGUAAUUUUGUUAAAAUUGAACCCUUGGAUGUAACAAAUAGCUAGUUCUUGUGCACACACAUCUUUUCUUUCCUAGGGUAGCAUUUGGUUCCUAACAUAGACGCUGUGUUUCUAACACAAUUUCAAACUAGGAAAUGUGUAUGACUAUUACUUGAAGGUUAACAACUAGAGCCAUAGAAUUGGUACUGUGGUUUCAUGCCUAAAUCCCAGUAUGUUUAUGUACUACUAACAAUCCUUGUUCAACGCAUGUCUUUAUCAGUGUGCUUCUUGUGUGGAAAUAGACUAGCUGUUUAUCAUUAAUAUCGCAAUUGUCCAAUAAAAGUAUUUUGAAGAAGAA